AUGGAUAAUUAUGAUAUUCUUCGUCAUUUGGAUUUAGUUGGUCGUUCACUUUGUCCAUCCAAACCAUUUUUUUUUUGUCAAGCUGAAUAUGUUCCUGAAAGAAAAGAUUUGUGUAAAGAAUAUGAUGGUCCAAUUGAUGCUUAUCAAAUUGACAAAUAUGGAAAUUUAGGCAAUCUUAAAUAUACAUUUUCAAUAAAAUGUUUUGUGAAUUAUUUAGCUUGUCAUGACAAUGAAAGAUUACUACAUGAUAUUGGUAAAAAAGAUUCGGAUGCUUUUAUUAGAAUGACAAUAGCUAUUAUUCUUUUAUUUACAUCGAUUGGAAUUCCAAUGAUUCGGCAAGGAGAUGAACUUGGUGAAGACAGAGAAUUAGGCCAUAAUCAGGUGGAAAAAACAUGUUUUUCAAUGCUAUGGGAUAUACUUGAAAAAGAUUUUAAUGUUCAUCUUUUAAAUACAUUUAAACAUUUAAUAAAACUUCGUCAUUCAAAUAAAUCUCUUCGAGAAGAUCCAAUCAUUUUUUUUUCAUGA